CCCCCUAACCUUUAACUUUCUUCACCCCCUCCCCAAUAAAAAAAUAUGUAUUUUUUAUUAUACUAGUUUUGAAAUUAUUGAAAAAAAUAUAUAUUCAAUAAUCUAAAUAGGAAGAGAAAGAGAAAGAGAAAGAGAAAGAGAAAGAGAAAGAGAAGAAAGAUCCAAAUCUUGUCAAAUUUCUCUUCUCUUCUCUCUUUAUAACAUAUAUAUGAACACACUCCUUGCUUUGAGUCCAAACACUUUUACUUCUAGGUUUGUUAUAGAUUGUUUGAGAGUGAGUCAAAUAAUUAUACACUUGGAAGACAACAACAAAAAUCUUCUAAAAUAAGAUUAUUUGUUGUUUUGUUAAAAGAAGAUCAAGAAAAUGUCUGAAGAGCAAACAAUUUCAAAUGCUUUCAUUUGCAGCAUCCCAUCACUUGGAUCCAUCAACAGCAACAACAACAAUCCUUCUGUUAUUGUCAAGAAGAAGAGGAAUCUCCCAGGAAAUCCAGAUCCUGAAGCGGAAGUAGUAUCGUUGUCGCCAAAGACACUAAUGGCGACGAACCGAUUCUUGUGUGAGAUAUGUGGGAAGGGAUUUCAAAGAGAUCAAAACCUACAACUACAUAGGAGAGGACACAAUCUUCCAUGGAAGCUAAAGCAAAGAAGCAAUGGGAACAAAGAGCCAAGGAAGAGAGUUUAUGUUUGUCCAGAGAAGAGUUGUGUUCAUCACCAUCCUUCAAGGGCUCUUGGAGAUCUCACAGGAAUUAAAAAGCACUUUUGUAGGAAGCAUGGGGAGAAGAAGUGGAAGUGUGAGAAAUGUUCUAAGAAAUAUGCUGUGCAAUCAGAUUGGAAAGCACACUCCAAAACUUGCGGUACCAAAGAGUAUAAAUGUGACUGUGGGACUCCAUUUUCAAGGAGAGAUAGCUAUGUAACUCACAGAGCAUAUUGUGUAGCAUUGGCAGAAGAGACAGCAAGAUUAAAUGCAGCAUCAACCAAUAUUGCCAUCAACAACAAUUCAUUAGCUGAUGGUUACAUCAACAACAAUCCCCCUCAAUUAUUCUUCCCUAAUUCCUCCAACCUUUUCAAACCAAAUGAAACUUCCCCCAUCUUUUUCAGUAACAAUAAUGCUCCCACAAUAUCACUCCCUUUUUGGCUCCCAACAAAUCCUCACCAGGUCAAUAAUUUCCACUAUCCAACAACAACUACAACAACAACAACAACAAAUUCUGAUGUUCUUUCUGUUCCUUCCUUAUUCAGCAAUGAAGAACAACAAUCAUCCCAUCAAUUUAUGUCUUCAUCACCCAACAUGUCAGCUACUGUUUUACUACAAAAAGCUGCACAAAUUGGUGUUACAACUGAUCACCCUUCAUCAUUGAUGGAAAGUUUUGGUUUGAAAUUCAGUUCAAUAACUGAUGGCAAAGCCUUGCUUUCAGGGAUUUAUGGGUCAAUGAUAAACUCAAAUUCCAAUAAUGUUAUUAUUCCUCUUAGUGAAGAAGAUCAUCAUCAUCAUCAUCAUCAUCAUCUCUACUCUGCACCACCAGCAAAGAGAAUGAGACAUACUGUCAGUGAAGAGAGUGUUAAUGGUGGAGAAGGAGAAACAAGAGAUUUCUUGGGUGUGGGAAUGCACACCAUAUGUCAUCCAUCAACAGUAAAUGGAUGGAUCUGAUUUUAAAUUAGAUAAAAGUUUAUAGGGACCAAAAAGAGGGAGAGAUGAGAUCAAUGCAUAUUCUUCAGUUUGAGGAAAAAGACAGAAAGCUGAUAGCUUUUUGUGUUUUCUGAUUAAAGGGGCAGAGGAGAACAGAGCAAUUGGGGGGGAAAUUGAAAAGAAAAAAAAAAAAGUUGAAAACUUAAAAAGGACCCAUUUUGGAAAUCAUUCUAUGUUAUUUGUGUAUUUCUUGCAAUC